AAAGUAACUUCAUCUUUAAAAAAAGUUCAAGACCGGUUGGAUUAAUGGGAGACUUGGACUUUCUGAAAAAGGAAGAAGAUUCUCGUACACUGGAUGUUCGAAUUGUCAUAAAGCUUUAGAAGCCGACACCACAUGGGUUAUCAUGUGUCCUUCGUGUAAAGUUGUAUCAGACAUCGAGGCAAUGAUACGGGCAACUGUUACAAUUACUGAUGAAAGUGGAAGUAUUGAAGCCAUGCUAACUACACCCCACAUAGAAAAUUUUUUACUUUUCAAUCCGGAAGAAGUGAAAACCAAUGAAGAAAUUGGUAUGGACAUUCACAAUGACAUUGCAGCUGCCUUGGAAUUGUCAGAAGUUGUAGCCUUUGUUCGUUUGUAUGUUAUAUGUUUCCAUGGAGUAAAAGAAAUGAAAGUUAGCAUUGUAAAAGCAUACAAAGGAGAUGAAAACCCAAACCCAAAUAUUACAAUCGUUUUACCCAACUCUCCAUCACCUACUUUAAACAAACACCUUGUCAUUUCCGUUGGCAGCACAAUAUCAGCACCAACAACACAUUUUCCAGAUGUUACUUCAACUUGCUGCUCCAAAAGUGUAACCACACUACUUCCUACAAAGACAGAACACAAUCCUGAAGCUCGUGAUAAAAGGCCGAAAAAAAAAAGAUAAAAUAGUUCAUAGUUUGGGACUGAAUGGUUGGAGGUAGACUACAUGAAAA